GGUGGAGUGCUUCUUCACAAGCCGACAGUCCCUCAGCUAGUCUCCGAAACGUCGAUGUCUGUCUGAAAGCGUAAACGUCGGCAUCCUCACCGCCGAGAAAACCUCGAACCUCGCGUUUUAUGAGAUCCAAAGGUCAUGACCGCGUUCACAAAAGCCGGUCACAUGGCCAAAUGAAUCCAGUUCGCCCCACGGGUAGGCAGCCUGCGAUACUUCGUCCGUCCGUUCGCCGAACGCCUUUCCGUUCUGCGUGUUCUGGCAGGUUCCAGGCCAGAAUUUCUCGCCCUGAACGGCAAUGACCGCUUGCGUCCUGAGAGCGAAACGUCGGAUUUAUUCAAGUAAAAUCUGAGCGCGCGCUUAUUUGUUGGAGUUGCGUGAAACUGCUUUCGACAUUGACGCAACGUCUCGGUCGCUAACGACAGGCAAGAGAAAAGUAAUUCCACUCGCCACGACGACGCCCGACGUCGUCCAAGUCCCAUUUCAGAAGCAAAUGAGCCCAGAAUCGCAGAGGACGGCAAUUUGCCGCGCGCGACAGAUGGAGACGGAUGACGGAGGCACGAGCCUUGCGCCCAUCCAUCAAGACAGUCUGCCAAUCGGACGACCGACCGGGAGUCGAUCCCCUGUCUCGGAGUCACACUCCGCGCGUCCUCAGGUCCUCCAGAGCCCGAGCCAUCAAUCUUCGCCGCGGCGCGCCACACAAACAGGCUCCAGCAGCUCCCGGGCUCCUCGGGGACGUCCCUCGUCGCUUACAGUCGCGUCUCCCGGCCUCCACGCCCGUCCGUCACCCCAGAAAUGCUCCCGAGCGAGUGGCCACGGUCCUAGCCGGGUAUUUUUCUCUGUUUGCGCGCCGGUGAGCUGGGCCUCGCUGGGGUCGCGCGCCCGGAGCUUUCAUCCCCUGUAAUGGUUUGCACAAUGAAAGCCACCGCUGCCUUUUGCCUGGGAAAGAACGAGGGGUGGGUUUGUAACACUUAACCCCCGUCAGUAGCCGAUACUUAAGCGAGUCAAAGCAGAGCCACUCGGCAGUCUCGAGAGCUCCGCGCCGCGCCGCGCGCCAUGUAACUGAUCCUCCGUAAUGACUUCGUCAAUGGGGCGACUCUUCCGGCCGUGGACGAGUGCGAGCGAAGACGCGACGACGUCGUCGUGCAGCAGAACGACGCAGGACUGCACGGUGUCCACGACGUCUCACAGGACCCGGAAGUCCUCCAGGAGGGACGCGGUCCCCGUUCAGCCCCGUCCAGUUCCGGGCGCCUACGACCCAAAUUGCGCAUUUGCGCUCCCGCCCGUCGGAACUUGGAUCUGUUGCCCGGAGGCCGCCAUGUUGGAGGAAUACGGGAGACUCCUGCAGGAGGCUCAGAUGCACCAGCAGCAGCUGAAGAACCGGAAACAGCGUCCCAAGAAGUUCCGGUGUCCGCACUGCCAAGUCGCCUUCAGCAACAACGGCCAGCUCAAAGGUCACGUCAGAAUACACACAGGCGAACGGCCGUUCACGUGCGACCAAUGCGGGAAGAGCUUCACGCGCAACGAGGAACUGACACGCCACAAGCGGAUCCAUUCGGGACUACGGCCCUACGCAUGCGCAGUGUGCUGCAAGCGUUUCGGCCGAAAGGACCACCUGAAGAAGCACGCGCGAACGCACGAGCUGAGGCUGCCGCCCGCCCAGCCGCUCCUCCUGCCGCCCUUCCUGUACGCCGGCUUCUAGAAGAGACGCUCGCGACCCAGAGGCGUCCUUCGGGCCGCGCGUUGUGUCAACCGAAAUCAUGUAAUCGUCCGUUUGAAUAAAACAAGUUUUGAUUCCAGUGCGAGGCCUCGAACAUGGCGUCGUGGUUUGUCUUUUGUGGGGUCGGGACAAGCCGCAGCCAUUGCUAGGGGAGGCGACUGAGUCACAGGGGGCAGGGCCCGAGGGGUCGCUAUUAAUGGGGCCGGGGGUGAGUUUCGUAGGGGAGGCUCCUCCAUUUUGUUUUACUCUCAGUCGGUUCUCACAGGGUGCAUCAAAACGCGCCACGGCCACUUCCUUCAGAUUUAUGUAACGACACCUCAUCAACUACACAAAGUUCAUCUCUCCGUUGUCGUGCGGGCGGUCGCUCUUAAGGAUCCCUCGACGUUUCUGUUGUGUUGCGACGUUCACUUACGAAAAUGUGUGCGCGGGGCGGAGGCCUUCGCCUUGCCAGACUCGGUCGUCUUCACGAGGUUUGUUGCGUCCGUGGGAAAACGUCUCUUGACCGAUUUGUCAUUUUGCCUUCUGGAAUACGGCAAUCGCAUUUGUCCGCCCCCCACAUCAGCUGAGAGGAUAAUAUUAAAAUGCACUGGCUCCUGGCGCACCGGUGACCAGCAACUGAGAAGCGAGGAGCGUUUCCAUUACGUCAUGUCACUGGACCCGCGUUUCGUUUAAAAAGCCACAAAUCAAGGCCUCGUUCACGCGCGCCGACCGCCUCCUGGGACGGGGCUCAGCAACUGCGAGUUUCGUGCGAGUCUUCAGAAAACGUGCGACUGCGACAAGAGGCAUCGAAGUCAGGACCACAGCGACGUCGAAGCAAUUCUGGUCCCAGGACGAACGACGUCGAAAUGCGCUCCGAAAAGUCGCUUUUGGCUGCACGUGACGGACCGCGUCACACCUGGCGAAACGUUGAGGAGCCCUUUGCAACGCUGAGGAGCGACAAUGGGUCAUCCAUCUCACGAGCGCUGAAAGAUAGAUGGCAGCACCGAUCAAUGCAGACGCAGCGGGGGCUCCCCCUCGCGCGGACCGAUGAGAGCGCCACAUCGAGUCCGUCCCAUUGUCGAGUGUCGGUCCGUUCCAACGGAACGAGUCACGAGGUUUCGCGAAAGAAAUUCCGAGCUCAUUUCUUGUGACGUCCUCGGGCUAAGCCCCUGUCGCUUGUGUCUCCUUCCAGGGACUAGACGAGCCUUUCGUUUGUACACACUCGUCAGUCGCGGAACCUCGUGAGCCGUGGAAGGGUGAGAUCGAAACCUGUGGCGAAGAACGUCAGUUGGAGAGGCGAGGCACAAAAACUUCGCUUUGUGAAUUAGUUUCAUAAACUUCCCAGGACACGCAGACAGAUGGGUCAUCGUGCUCUGCGAUGUAUAUUGACAGGAGGUGCUGCUCUCUGUGUGUGGUCCGUCCAAUCAAACCACAACGCGUUGUCACCGUCUUUUGUCGCCGAGUGAUGAAGCAUCGUCGAGGCCGUUAUGAGGGUUACAAAUGGACGUGCAGGUUAGGGACGACACAAAGACCGCGAUACAUCAGAGCGAGUCUUUGUUGCGUCAGCGAAACAAGCGAACUCCGGGCUUUGCUUCCGGGUUUUGUCCCACACAUUAAAUUUGUCGCACCUCAAACGGCUGUCACGUCUGUCCGUUCGUCACAGCAACAACAACACGAGAUCGCAGUUGGGUCUUUCGGGAGGACGAACUGAGUUCUUAUUCGGCAGUGAAUACGAAACGCAACUUCGCCACAUGACAAUUUUGUCCUGCAGUCCUUUAACGAGGCCGAUGUGCCCCAUUCAACUGCGGCCAUCUCUUCUUUUCUUAGACCUGAAGUAUCUCCUUGUUUCAAGCCAUUCUGAAGACAAAAUUCUUAGGAGUGUCUCUUAAACGUUGCUCAACAUUUCCUCGUACCUCAAUCACAGCUUUUCUUUAGGCCUACAAACAGUCGAUAAAGAAUCCCACUGCAUUCCCAGUAUCUGCUCAUCUGUCAAUGCGUUCUUCCCCGCCAAAAUCCAAAAUCCAAAAUCUAAAGAAAAUGCAAACAAUAAGAACCCAAAAUAUUUACAGAUUGUAUCUGCGGCAGGAUUCGAUCCCACGGCCACGCACGCACAACUCCACUUCAAUUGUUUACCUGCGGUUUGUUUAACGACGCUGUUACAACUCUGAUCGUUUAGUGUCGAGCGAUGAAUCAGAAAGGACGGGCCUAUUUUCAGGCACAAUAACGGCAUCUGUCCGGAGGGACUGAGGAAAACAACGAGAAUCCGUGUCCUCGCCGAUGUCUGAACGGCGUUACGUUCAUAUUCUGCGUGCGGCCAACAUUUGGCUCUGUCUGGGCGCAAGGGAAAACGACGACAUUUCUCCUAAAGCCACGUGUGAAUAGCGGACAACGAAAGUUUGUCGACCCCUGAAUCACGGUCCUGCUCCUCAUGCGGGAGUUACGGGGUUCGGAGACGGGCGAAUGCCGGGGCCGAGGAUGUUCAAUCCUCCAUGUCACUCGAUCACUCUCAUUAGCACUAACCACGCCAAAGUUUCAAAGCUCGAUUCUUUUCUGAACAUAUUUUCAAAACAUUUGACAACAA